AUGAGAGUAGUCUCAUUUUAGAGCGUGUUCGCAGAAACCCUUCCGAGCAUAUCAGUGUUCUGGCAACCAGAUAAUAGUCCUAGAGAAUCUCAAUUAACUAUAUUAUAAGGUUAACUUUUAUUUAAAAAUGAAAAUGACUCUUGGGAAAGUUAUUUAUUCGAACUCUAACCUGAUCGAAUGUUUCGUUUUAUUGGAGAUCAGACUGAUUGCUGUUAUUUAAGGGGCUGUUUUUUGAAAAAGUUUAACCAUUAUGAUGCUUAAUAUCCUUCUUAUAAAUAUGGGUUCAGAUUACAAAUGGGAUAAUACUUGGCUUUUUUUGUGACGGAUGUGUUAGAUUAGUUUAAGAAGUGGUUUAUGAUGUUGAAAAGAUUUUGCAUACUGGAAAAAUUUACUAGAAAAUACAGGGUGAUAGCAUAGUUAAGAUAUAAUGAUCCAAUAUUUUAACAAGUGUGCUUUAAUUGUGUUAGAUUGUCAGAUGCAUAAUACUAUUUAGUUAAAAUUAUAAACAAAGAAAUGUAACCGCAACAGAAGAGUAUGAUGUUCAAAGAGUUAAUGCAUUUAAGAAGAUUAAACCAUCCUUAAUUGAUGAGGCUGAUUGAAAUAUAUGAAGAUGAGAUGAAUAUCUAUUAAGUUUUCGAUCCAUAUAUGGGUGGAGAUCUAAGGUAGCAUUUAAGAGAAACUCAAUUAGCUUAGGAAGUGGGCGGUUAGGUGGAGGAAAAAGUAUUGGCUGACAUGAUGUAUGGAUUGAUAGGAGCCAUAACACAUAUGCAUCAGAGAGGGGUGUUUCAUAGGGAUAUCAAAUUGGAGAAUUUAUUCGUGCCAGAAAACAAAAGGUUGCCAUUUGUUUUACUGUCGAAUUUUUGUUAUUCGGAAUCAUUUAAAUUAAAUGGUCAAAAUUAAGGCAGUUAUAAGAAAUGCGGAACUCCAGGCUAUGUGGCUCCUGAAAUAUUUAGAUCUAGGAAUUAUGAUUAGAAAAUUGAUGUGUUCAGUCUUGGAAUUGUAUUUUACAUUUUAGUUUUCGGAAAAAUGCCCUUUGAAGGAUUGGAUUAGGAUGAAAUUUUAAGGGCAAACGAAAGAUGUGAAAUAGACUUUAAAGCUGAAAAGAGAUUAUGCAAGAAUCUAUCUUAAUCUGGGAUGGAUAUGAUGAAAAAAAUGUUAAACAGAGAACCAACUCAAAGAUUCACAUCUGCUUAAUGUUUGAAUCAUCAUUGGUUUAUCAAGAUGAAAUGCAAAGAUGAAACCAAGCCCAGAAAUCAAUUUCAGUAAUAACGAAGUCUCUCGACAAUCAUUGAAAAUUCUGAGAUGGAAUUAACCCAAAGUUUCAUUCGUCCUUUCAAAGAAUCAAGUUAAUAUAUGCAAUCGAAAAAGAAUCUCCCUACUCAAGGUGUUCGAAAAAACUAAUAGAAACAAGACACAAUUGAAAAAAUAGAUAAGGAAUUCAUUUAUGACACUUUGGAGGGGAAAAUGAACUAUAUAAAUUAAGAGAGUUUUCUGAAAGCUCCAUCAAAGAUAAAUCAUCAUUGA